GCGGCGGUGGUGAUCAUGGCGUGCGACCGCGCGGACUACCUCGAGCGGACGGUGGCGUCGGUGCGUGCGGCGUUGGGCGUGAGGCCCGGCGACGUGGACAAGUUCCCGGUUUUCAUAUCGCAGGACGGUCGGCACAAGGCGACGCGAGCGUUCGCCGAGGGCCCCAAGGCGAAGGAUUUUCACUGGAUGCAGCACCUGGAGGACCGUCCGCCGACGACGCGGACGAGGUUUCGGUGGGACUCCGUCGCGUACUACCGCAUCGCCGCGCACUACAAGUGGGCGAUGAAGACGCUGUUCGACGAUCUCGGGUACGAGCGGGUCAUCGUGUUGGAGGACGACAUGGAGCUGUCACCGGAUUUUUUCGGGUACUUUGAGGCGGCUGGUAAGGUGAUGGACGCGGAUCCCAGCGUCUACACGGUGAGCUCCUGGAACGACAACGGGCAGAAGAUCCACGUCAGCGACGAGCGCAGGCUGUACCGCAGCGACUUCUUCCCGGGCCUGGGCUGGAUGCUUCACAAGGCGCUGUGGCGGGAGCUGGCGCCCAAGUGGCCGGAUUCGUACUGGGACGACUGGAUGCGGCUGAGCGACGUCCGAAGGGGGCGGGAGAGCAUCCGGCCGGAGGUUUGCAGGACGUUCAACUUUGGGGAGGUUGGAUCCAGCAAGGGCCAGUUCUUCCGCGCGUACCUCCGGGAGAUCAAGCCCGCGUCCGAACGAAUCGACUGGGCCUCGCAGAGCCUCGCGUAUAUAUCAAACGGCGACGCGUACGAAGACCAAGUCAGACGAACGCUCGCUUCGGCGACGAUCAUCGACUCCCCCACGCAGGUGCGCCUCGUUCCCCCCGAGAACGCCGCCACGAACGUCUACAAGGUCAUCUACGCGUCCGAGCGCGACUUUAACAGGCUGGCGAAGAGGUUCGGGGUUUUCGCCGAGUGGAAAGACGGCGUUCCCAGAGCCGGUUACCGCGGAGUGGUUACGUUUAAGAUGUACAAGGGGCGCGCGACGGUGAUGCUGGUCCCG